AUGUCGGCAUUAAUAUUAAAAGCCGCCAAUGAAUUUUCAACCUUAUUUCUGGGCACAUCUCGUAGUGAUGAUUCCGCUGGUGAUCGUCUUAGUUAUCGUUAUACAUGUGCGAUACUUAUCGCCUUCACUGUAAUCGUAUCGAAUCGUGAAUUCACUUCCAAACGUAUUCAAUGUUGGGUACCAGCUUUUUUCACCGGAAAUUACGAAGAUUAUACCAAUAAUGUGUGCUGGGUACGUAAUACGUAUUACAUUGACGAUCAAAGUGAAAUACCUGAAAAUCCGGACAUCCGGCAUGAUAUGUCCAUACGUUACUACCAGUGGAUACCGUUCAUACUUCUUUUUCAAGCUUUUCUUUUCUUUGUACCUUAUGUAUUAUGGCGUGUAUUGUGUCAACGAUCAGGUAUUGAUAUACGAGACAUCGUUGAAGCAGCGUCUAACUACAAGAGAGCAAACGAUGAAAAACAACGCGAUCGAUUAAUGAAAUUUAUGAUAUCAGUUAUCGAUCAAUAUGUUGAUGAUCCACGUCGUCAAUCAAAUAAUCGCGAGACUGUUUGGUGGAAAAAAUGCUUUAUCAUGUUCGUUCCAUCUUCGGGUCGCUAUAUGGGCGAUUAUUUAAGAAAUUUAUUCAUAUUUAUAAAAAUUAUCUAUGUUCUGAACGCGUUGUCACAACUCGUGUUGCUGUCUUUGCUAUUGGGUCAACCGUUUUGGUCAUUAGGUGCUACAGUUAUUCGACUACUUUAUCAAGGCAAAGGUUGGGAAUUUAGUAGUAAAUAUUUUCCGAAAGUUACUCUAUGUGAUUUCCAAAUUCGUGAAGCCAAUGCUCUACCUAUCGCACAUACGUACACAGUAAUGUGUGUUCUGCCAAUAAAUUUGUUUAAUCAACAAAUAUUUACCUUUCUAUGGUUUUGGUUUGUCUUCGUAAUUAUUUUGACACUCUACGAUCUUGGUAUCUGGAUCUAUCGACUUUUCUUUCGACGCAAAUCCUAUAUCGAAGGACGAUUGAAAGUCAUGGACUAUGAAAUCACACAAAAAUGGCCAUUCAAUGAUUCCUGUCGUUCUCAUAUGAACAUAGAAGAUAAUGAUCUACUCAUUAGAUUGCAAAGUCGUGAUAUGUCGGAUGCUACGACAGGAGACGAAGUUCAUAUUUUAAGUGAUGGCCGAAAGGUUCACCAUCAGUCUCGAAUGUUCAUCGUUCCAGAGAUCUAUUACAAUAAUCCAAAAAAACCUCUGUCUUUAUUCGAUUUCUUUAAUGAAGAGUAUCUCGAAGCCGAUGGGCAUUUCAUCUUACGUAUUAUCGGAACAAAUGCUAGUGAUUUCGUUUCAACCAAACUCAUUCACGAUCUAUAUCAAAAGUGUUGCGACAAACGAUUCUUUGCUAAUGAAGUCGAAGAAAAGUUGCCACCGCCACGAACAACUCUUUACAAAUAUUUGAUAAUUCCGAAGGAAGGUCAACCAGGCCUGAAACCCGAACCGCGACCUGAACUACAACAGCCGCGAACACCAGAUGACGCAUCACAUCCAGGAGGGAAUCCAUUUGCUUUACGUCGUAUAAAUGAUCAGCAGCCACCAGAAGUUAAACGUCGAAUGGUUCGUAACACAUCAUCUGAUGGACAACCACAACGAGGACGAUCAAACACGCUUCCAUUUAAUCAAUUUCCUCAGCCGUUACAACAUAUUCCAUCAACGAGAAAUGAUCAAACUCCUCAAAGUCAUGGCGACCAAGCACAUGAGAGCGAACAUUGA